UGCAGUGUCGAACGAAACGUGUUGCAAGUGCAAAAACUCUUUUUCUCCGUUCCAGCAUUGCUCCACUCCAAAGAUAACAAACCAUUUAGUGCAACCAUGAAGUGCAUCGUAGUUCUUGUCCUUGCCGCUACCGCGCUCAUUGCUGAUGGUUCCGUGAUUCCGAUUGCUCUGGCCCCGGGAUAUGCGAUCGCUGCACCGGCCGGUCUAGCCAUUCCCGGAGCCACCGUUAUCCAGUCUAAUCCGGCUCCUACGAUCAUUCACGCCCUGCCGGCACCGAUCGCUGUAGAUCUGUCCGGUACUCCUACACUGCUGCUGGCGCCAUCACCGGCCGGUCCAGCUAUUGUGGCUGUUGCUCCUGCACCUGCUGCCACGGCCGUUUCGGCUACCCGUGGAGCUGUCCAUGUGGCCCCACUGCCAGGACAUGCUGUGUCGCAGACGCAACUCAAUCUGGCCGCAGCACCAGGAACUGAGUAGUGCCCAAAUCACAACUUCAACUAGUGUGUUCUUAAGGGAUCGCUGCUCCAGGACGUGACUGCUUAGUCAAUUUCAUUCCCAAAUUCUGACACGUCCUGGGAAUGGAGAUGCCAGACCGAAAUAUACUAUUCUGCCCACCCGAUAUGCUUUAUCUACGUCAACUUGUGCACAAAAAAUAAAUGCAAGCUUC